UGAGACCCUGCAGGGGCACAGACCUCAACCUGCCCUUUGGGUGCUCAAGUUCAGGAAGUGUGUGUUAAGGGGACAUCAGACACGAAACAAAAACAACCCAUCGCACAGAUAACUGCAGCUUUUUUUAAAGGGCUACAUAAUUAAAAAUAAUAACAAUUUAAAAAAUGUGCCCUUUAAUUUCAACAUUACGACACGGGACAUAGUUACACUGUAAAAUGUGGGCUUGUCUCCAUCUUUCAGGGAAUGAAACUGAAGCUCGAGGUUAGUGAGUUCCCGAGGUCACAGCGCUAGUAAGUGGAGAAGCGAAGAGCCGGGCUACAGUCAGCAACACGUCCGGCUACCUGACCAACCGCGGGCCCCGACUUCAGCCCGCAGAAGUGCCCGCACCGGUCCUGGAUGCGGGCGCAUCGGCCCAAGCUCGAGCGCCGCCGACCGACGAGGUUGGGAUUUGCGCUCCCGCCGCGGUCUCACGCGGGGUCUCUGCCCCUCCCCUGGGCGGUGGUCCAGUGACGUCACUGCCUUUUAAAGCCCCCCGCCUCCUCCCCCAUUUCCGCACUCGGCGGGCUCCAGGAAAGGUCUGAGGUCUCUUUUGCAGCUCCUCUCAACCUCAGCCUCAACCUCACCAUGGCCUCUGCUGGUCUGCAAAUCCUAGGGAUCAUUCUGACAAUGCUUGGCUGGGUGAAUGCUCUGGUGUCCUGUACCCUGCCCCUGUGGAAGGUGACUGCCUUCAUUGGCAACAACAUCGUGGUGGCCCAAGUGGUGUGGGAGGGGCUGUGGAUGUCCUGCGUGGUGCAGAGCACCGGCCAGAUGCAGUGCAAGGUGUAUGACUCGCUGCUGGCGCUGCCCCAGGACCUUCAGGCUGCCCGGGCCCUCUCUGUCAUCACUCUCCUUCUGGCCCUGUUCGGCCUGCUGGUCUACCUUGCCGGGGCCAAGUGCACCACCUGCGUGGAAGACAAGGACUCCAAGGCCCGUUUGGUGCUCACCUCUGGGAUCAUCUUUGUCAUCUCAGGGGUCCUGACUCUGAUCCCCAUCUGCUGGACAGCCCACACCAUCAUCCAGGAUUUCUACAAUCCCCUGGUGGCUGAGGCCCAAAAGCGGGAACUGGGGGCCUCCCUUUACUUGGGCUGGGCAGCCUCUGGCCUUUUAUUGCUGGGUGGGGGGCUGCUGUGCUGCACCUGCCCCUCUGGGGGGUCCCGGGGCUCCAGCCAUUACAUAGCCCGCUAUUCAGCCUCUGCCCCGCAUGCCACCCCUCAGGGUCCCUCUGAGUACCCCACUAAGAAUUACGUCUAAUUCAGGUAGGGAAGUAGAGGUUCCCUUGACUGGGAGCCUAACCCCAUGGGCUAGAGCUACUGAGAUGAUGAUCCGUGGCAGCUUUGGGAUUUUUUAUCUUUUAUUUCUUCUUUUUUUUUUUUUUUGGAGGGGUGUUUUUUUAAUCCUUUUGGUAACCCAGCAAGAAUAAACUUGGGCUCCCACCUGGGUUCUCCUGCUGGCUUUUCUCAUGUUUGAGUGAUGGAGCCAAAGAGGUGAUGCACCCAAGUUUCUGGAUCUCUCUCCACCCGGGACAUCCCCAGCUUGAAGGCCAGCCUGGAGCUGUGGGCCCGGUGUGAAGGCUGCUCGCUGUCCAGGUGCUUUCAGCCCAUCCCCAGGAAUUCCUGCUGCUCUGGGGAUGGGGCAUCCCUCGGCUUGCCAAGGACAAGUCCCCCCACUUGCUGGCCAGGCCUCGGAACCCUCAGGGACUCUUGAGCCUCACCAAGCCUGUAGACUAGCAGGUGAUAAGUUACCAAAGAACCACCUACUUCAAGUCUUCUGACCUCUGGCUCUUCAGUCCGGAGUCACAUUCCAGCUGUGCUGUAGACCCCUGACCCUCCCACCUCCAGCCCUUGCACACUUGCCAUGCCCUGUCCACACUCACCAGU